UAAUCAUUAUUGGAAGCAUCAGAAUAAUUUUAAAUACUUAAAAAUUGUUAGAAUAGUAUAUUAAUUUUCAAUAAUUUAUGCGUUGGAAUCACAAUGCUGACCUUAAAUGAUUAAUACGUAUUAGAAUCAUCAUAUGAAUUUUAGAUAAUUAAUAACGAUUAGAACCGUUAUACUAAUUUUUAAACAAUUCAUAGCGAUUGGAGUCAUUCCUCUAAUUUUCAAUAAAUAAUACUUCUUGGGGCCAUUGUUCUAAUUUCAGACGAUUAAUAGCUGUUGGCGUCAUGGCUCUGAUGGUCAAUAGGUAAUAACCAGGAGAAGCAUUGAGCGAGUUUUAACCCGGGGAUUCUGCGCGCCGGGUGGGCCGCCCCUAAGCAGCAUCCGAACGCUCACAGUUCUGCGUUUUCUGCGGGUCGUUGUUCCCCAAAGUGAGUUUUUGGGGAGCUUGACGGGCGGCCGGGCUCGGGGUCUUCACGAGCCAACUCGGUUUUGGCGACGCGGAUCGUCCACACGGCCCCACAUCCCCGCCCUUCUUGUCGGGUCCGAGACACGAGCGGGUUUUUCCUAAGGGGCCCCCGUGUCCUCGUCUCCACCGCCGCCCUCCGCCCCUCCCGACUGGCUCCAAACGGCCACCGUCUCUGGUUUGGACAACGAGGAGCGGGGGCGGGUUUCAACUCUGCUUUCCCCUCCUCCCUGCAAUCCUGGCAGCCGGGGGGGCACCAGGAGGAGGUGACACUACAUUGGGGGACCCCCCCCGCACCCCCGACCCCAGGAUUCCAGGGUUCCACUCAUCUCAAGAAGUGGGUUGGUCCCCGUGCAGCCACCUCCCUGGGCAUCCGGGUCUCUGUGGUCUACACCCGCAGGAUAGAAUCGUCGAGGAGCGCAAAGACGGAGCCAGCCAAGCGUGUUUCCUGGAACGAGGUGCUGACGGCGCCCUUUCUGGGGACCCCGGGAAGGGGGGUCCCCACCCCAGGAGCACAGAAAGGGGGUCGGGUCUGAGUCGCGGUCCGGAAAGUUCCGGAACGUGCACAGCGGACCCAGACCCUGGGCGCCCCGAGUGUUCCCCGAGGGGCCGGGAGACUCUCCUGCAGAAAGCGGAACCCCGACGUGUUGAUAAGAACCUGUGGGCGGGGGGCGGGCUCCGUGGUGUAGACGGAUGGCUGGCCGGGUUCGGACACUUCCUGUCUGUAGAGACGAUAAGGGCGGAAAGGAAGAGUCAGGUGAUAGGAGGCGGGGCGCGUCGGGAGAGGCUGACCCGGAGCCAUUCGUGAAGGGACACAGCGAGAGGAGAGCGUCCACACUGCAGGCGGCGCCGACAGCCUUAUCAGGGCCUUGAUUCCGAAGGCCGGCCACCUCCACCACGGGGCCACCACCGGGGACCCCUCAGCACCAGCCGGGCAGGAGGACGGGUCUGGACGGGUCCAAGCGACAUGCAGGAAGCUGGCCGACCGGUCCAGCUGUGGGGCUGGGGCGCCGCGGCCCCACUGGAUCCCGUCGGCCUCCUGGUGCUGCUGAGCUGGGCGAGCUGCGGGCACCCAGCGCGGGCACAGGAGAGCGUGUCCCCCAUUCUGAACAUGAAGCUGGAUUCGAGGACGAAAACGCUGAGCUGGAAUUACAGGCGGAACGUGACUGAGCAGGAGUGCAAAAUCGACACGCCGCCCGACGACUCGACCUCCAAGACCCCGCAGGUCAAUGGGAACGACACCUACUUCUGCGAGUUCCCCAACUCGGUGCUGCACCGGGGGGCCAACCUGACGCUCAACGUCAACUCCGAGGGGGCCGCGUUCCAGGAAGUCCUGGUUUUCCACAACUCAGGCCCGGAAGGUUCCGGGGCCGUGAACUUCUCCUGCUUUAUCUACGACCUCCGCUUCCUCAACUGCAGCUGGAGCCCCGGCCCGGCCGCCCCGCCCGACGUCCGGUACCACCUCUACUGGUGGGCGUCCAGUCACGACCCGGAGGUCGAGUGCGCCCGCUACAUCGUGGACCCCGCGGGGACGCGCGUGGGCUGCCACCUGGACGACCUCGGGGACCCCAAGACGACCGACUACUUCUUCCUGGUCAACGGCACCAGCAACCGCACCGCCGUCCGCUUCCUGGACUUCACGCCGUUUCGGGCCAAGCUGAUGGAGAAGUAUCGGCCGCCUGCCAACGUCACCACCGCCUUCAAUGGCUCCCACCACGUCGUCCGCUGGGACGACCCCGAGACCCGGUUUGACGUCGCGAGUCAUAUGCUGUGCUACCAACUGGACAUCCGACGACAGGGCAGCUCCUACAAGAGAGACCCCGUUUUCCAACGGGGUAGUGACGGGAAUCAGUACGUGCUGCCCGGCUCUGCGGUGACGGCGGGGGACACGGUGCGGGCGCGGGUGAAGCACGUGUACGGCGACAUCUGGAGCGCGUGGAGCCGGGCCGUGGACUUCAACCGCCCGGAGCCGGAUCCCGCGGGCGCGCUCGCGGGUCUGGUGGUGCCGGCGGUGACGGCGGCGGCAGCGCUCGUCGGGGUGCUGAUGUUCGUGUGCAAAAGGUUCUCGCUGCGGCGCCGGCUGUUCCCGCGCGUCCCGCGGGUGCGGAUGCAGCGCGCUGGGUCCUUCCCGCCCGACCUGGAGCGCACACGCCCGCCCGCCGGCCCCAUGGCCUUCGUCUGGAUCACGCUGUUCCUGACCCCCACCUCCGGCCUGCUGCGCCCGGACCAGGAUCCGAGCCCGCCGAUUCGGAAUGUGAGGAUGGAGCCGGAAAGUCAGAGACUGACCUGGGACCUCCACGGAAAUGUGAGCGGGAUCGAGUGCUCGCAAAGCCUGGAGUACAACGUCACGGCCAGAAAAAACCAGUACUGCCAGUUUCCAGUGCUUCCCUCGUGCGGAUCGAAAAACUACACGGUGUUCGUGACCGGAGGGCAGCCAUUCUCAACGUCGAUUGGCUACCCUGAGCCGGAAGGGAACCCUGGGGCGGCCGCCCAGAACCUCACGUGCUGGGUCCACGAUGUGGAUUUCCUGACGUGCCGCUGGGCCGUGGGCAGCGCGGCGCCCAGAGACGUCCAGUACCACCUGCACGUGGGGGAGGCGAGGACCUCCGAGGGGCGGGAGUGUCCGGGUUACACGGCGGACGAGCGGGGGACACACGUGCGGUGCCGUUUCGACGACCUCUCUGGGUUCUCCAACGGGCUGUACCGGUUCCGAGUGAGGGGCACCAGCCGAGCUUCCGGAAUCCCCUGCUCGGAGAUGUUCGAACAAUUAUCGCGAAUCGCUAGACCCUGUCCGCAAAUGGUGACGGCUUCGAGCCCCGUGAAACCUGGGCCCGACCCGGCUGGUCCGCGUCCACGAGGCCGGCUGGCUGAUGCGUUGAGAGGAUGGUGCGAGAAGAAAUGAGGGGGUGGGUCCUGCAAAGAGCGGAGGGGACGCUGUUUUUGGUCCGUGGUGUUCAGUGUUGAGCUGACCGGCUGGGUUUCACGUGCAUCGGGUGGAGGCCGUGCUGCCUCAGACUCGGGGUGCUCCCUGGAAGGGCACAGAGACAGCUUUGGGGCCCAGCUGCAACACAGCAUCUUAGCACCCAGGCCCCCGGGGUCCAACAACCACCCACAGAGAGAGAGAGAGGAGGAGGAGGCCGUGGAGAUGGAGGCAGAGAUCUGAGUGCUGAUCCACAGACAGGGAGCACCCAGGCCGGCCGGCAGCCACCACCAGAAACUGGGGGACGGGGAGGAACGGCCCAGAUUGUGUGUCGGGUCCCAGAAGGAAGUGACCCUGCCCACACUUGGGUCCCGGAGUCCCAGCCUCCAGAUUAGGGAGCCCUCGCACGUCUGGGGUUCAAGCCACCUGUUUGUGGUCCUUGGUUUCGUUGCAGAUUCAGGGGGAAGUGGACGGGGAGCGGGAGGCGGAGGGGGAGGUGUGGGCAGAGGGGGGUGUGGACCG